UAUGUCCGCCAAGGGGCGCUGCAGUGCGCGGGGCGGAGCGGCGGCCCUGAGGAGCUCCAAGAUGGCGGCUGCGCGAUGGCUCGGCGCGGCUGCGGGGCUGGGCGGCCGGAUUUGUCACACGAUGUUAAAAGGUCACAAUCUGACAACUCAACAGCCCUUCCACCAACUUGCAAGGAGGAAACAGCUUCUUCCCUCUGUGGUGUUGCAUAAUACAGUAAGAUGCAUGUUCAUUCAAACUCAGGACACACCAAACCCAAACAGCCUCAAGUUUAUUCCAGGCAAACAAGUGCUGGAGUCCAGGACUAUGGAGUUUUCCAGCCCAGCUGCAGCAUUUUGCUCACCUUUAGCAAGGCAGUUAUUCAGAAUUGAAGGAGUUAAAAGCGUUUUCUUUGGGCCGGAUUUCAUCACCAUCACCAAGGAGAGCGAAGACCUGGAUUGGAACUUGCUGAAACCAGAUAUUUAUGCAACUAUAAUGGAUUUCUUUGCCUCGGGUUUACCUGUGCUUACUGAAGAGGCACCUAGGACAGAUACAGCUCAGUCAGAAGAAGAUGAUGAAGUUGUAUUAAUGAUUAAAGAACUGCUGGAUACAAGAAUAAGGCCAACAGUGCAAGAAGAUGGAGGUGAUGUUAUUUAUAAAGGCUUUGAGGAUGGCAUUGUGCAGCUGAAGUUGCAGGGUUCGUGUACCAGCUGUCCCAGCUCCAUCAUCACCCUGAAGAACGGGAUCCAGAACAUGCUCCAGUUCUACAUCCCUGAAGUGGAAGGCGUGGAACAGGUUGUUGAUGAUGAUGAUGUGGAGAAAGAAGCAAAUUCUACGUGAGCUUACAUCAUCCAUGGCCGGAUCAGUAUUUAUUUCCUGUAUGUAAAUCAGCCUCGUUCUGUGGAACAACCAAACCUGCCUUUCUCAUCAGAAAAGGAGCUGCACUUCCACCUGUGAAAGCAUCUCCUCAGUGUCAGCAGCUCACUAAGUUAUUAAAUGCUCUCUAUUCAAGCAAAGAA